AUUUAUAAUCAUUAAUUGUUUGGUUCCUUUCUAGAUAAUAAAUUUCUAUGGAAAUCUUCUACAAGAAUGCGCACAGAAGAUGCCUAAUGUAUCAAUCACAAUUAAAAACAGCUUCUGUUUCACAAAGUUUAAAAAAGAGGAAUUUUCCAAUUCAUUUGCUAGAUGGAUGGACAAGGAUAGUUCAGUUCUAAGUGACUUGCUCAUGUUCCCUAUCAAUGAAGAUAAACACUGGACACUAUGUGUGGUGGACAAAAGAAAUAAAGUUGUCACCUACUAUGACUCCUUGGGUGGUACAGAUUGCAUACCUGACUAUGUUGUGGAUCAUUUAAAAUAA